UAUUCCUGAAGUUUUCAAAAUAAGGAUAAAUUCAAUGUUAGGACCUGAUAACUUCUCUGUUAUAAUAAACUCUGUGCAGGACCAACACAUCAGAGAGGGAGGAGGCGAGGAGGAGGAGGAGGAGGAGGAGGGAGGCGCGCAUAUAAAGUCAAAGCGCUGCACGCGGGCUCCAGUGACAGCAGAGAGUCUGAGGAUUCACCGUCCUCCACCUCUGAAGGAUUACUCUGAACAUGGAUCUAAACGUUUGGAUUUCCGCGCUGUUGGCGACGUCCUGCUGGAUUUUCUGCUCAGUCCGCUCCGCUCCAGCCGCACCGACUCCCUCCGCCGGCAGCCCGCCGCACCACGUGCGCAACAGGCGCUGCUCGUGCGCAACUUUCCUGGACAAGGAGUGCGUCUACUUCUGCCACCUGGACAUCAUCUGGGUCAACACACCUGAGCGCGUGGUCUCCUACGGACUGGGCAACGCUCCCAGGGCGAGGCGCGCGCUCGCGGACUCCAUGGCAACCUCCCGCGCACCUCGCUGCCAGUGUCACCGGGAGAACGACGGCGGCUGCACGAGCUUCUGUCUCAGGUAUGACACGGAGGCCGAGACGCUGACCGGCUCCCCGGAGGAUGCAGGCUGCGGGACGCGGUGCAAGCGCGCGCGGACCGGAGGAGACACGAGCGGGACAGAGAGCACCAGGAUCAGUCCCGGUAAACCGGUUUGGCCGGCAGCGCUCCGGUCUGUGCUGAGGACUCGGCUGCUGCUGGAGACGUGGAGGAUGAGACGGCGCCACCGGACCCGCUCAUGGCAGGACAAGGGUUCGGUUUCUUAGAACCGAUCCACACCUUCAUGGCUUCAUCAGGAGCGCCCACGUAGCUGCUGAGUUUACUCCAGACCGGUUUAAGGAGGACCCGGUCCAGGACUCAGGCUCUGUUCUGGACUCAAAGCAUUUCAAAGACCAGAGUUGCUGACUGGACCUCGUCCUGCAGGACUUUUCCUCUUGUUAUCAGAUGAUAAUUUAUGUCUCUGUUGUUAUUUAUUUAUUCUCACAGCUCUGGAGGCCACAUUGGUCCGACUCAUGUUUGGUUUGUCAUUUCCAUGAAAUGGUUCGAAGGUGCCGAAUUCUGGCCAAGCUUUAAUAAAUUUAUUCACUUAUUUAACACCAACAAGCAUCUCUUCCUUCAUGUGUUCGUUGGAGUUUUCUGAAGAGUUUUAACUAAACAAAAAGUCAAAGUGGCUAAAAGAUGAAGAUAGAUGAAGACGAGGAGUCUGGAUCAGCUCCGUCUUCGUCUCCAACUCAUCCCGAUGGAAUGAUGCUGCGGUUUGGAGCAUCUCUGGAUCUGCUGACAGUCAGUCUGGGGUUAUUCAGAUAGUUACUGCAGAAAUGGACCAUUAUGUACAGCAGCUACACCUCCUCUUCCUCACAUCAGCUGACAUGGUAGAAAAUCCCUCCAUCAGCUGAUUUACUUCAAGUCUGCAGGAAAAACUUUGUGUUUUUGUAAUUAUUUAGUUUUUGAAGAGUUUGAAGCAA